UGUCACGCCCCCUUAGGGUACCGGAGUUAUGGGACUGACCCCGUGCUGGUGGCAUUCAUGUUAUCGGAUGAGUUGGAAGGAAAACCUGAGCUUUUGGUCGAGUUUGUACAGAACACUUCAAUCCCAUUGGCAGAAGAGCUUGUGGAAUCCGACCCUAAGGAGAUCACUUGUCUGUCUCUACUUCCUGUUGCAGAGAGUUCUGAAUGCAGCCAGCUCUCCUUGGCAGGAUCUGCUAUUCCUCAAGAAGAUUCCAUUAAGUGUCCUACUUCAGCCUUGUUAAGAAGUUUGGAAUCUGAUGUGGAGAAUGAGAGAGAUGAGUCCAGAGGACAGAGUAGCCCCAAGUUGUCAGAGAUAUUGCCAAGUCCUGGCUCCCCAUCUUUGUUACAGGACAUACAACAGAAUGACAGCACUUCCUUCAUACUCCUAAACUUGGCACGAUCUGGAUUGGGAACAUCUGCUGAGCAUCUGGUGUUUGUACAAGAUGAGGCAGAGGAUGUUGGGAGUGUAUUUCCCUCCACUGAGGCCAUCGACAAUGGUGCUCCUUGGUUCCUGCGGGUACAGGAAUUGGCCCAUGACAGUCUGAUUGCUGCCACUCGAGCACAGUUGGCCAAAGAUGCUAAAGCAAGUCAUGAUGGCGAUAACUUGAUCAGCUGCCCAGCUGAUGGCCAUUUGAAAGGGCUGACCACAGCACAUCAGCCUCAACGAAGGGAGAAACGCCUUAAGUGCACUUUUGAGGGCUGUGAUCGGACAUUUGUAUGGCCAGCACAUCUGAAGUAUCACAUGAAGACACACAAGAAUGAUCGUUCAUUCAUCUGUCCAAAAGAAGGCUGUGGUAAAAGUUUCUAUGUGUUACAAAGGCUUAAUGUCCACAUGAGAACCCACAAUGGAGAAAAGCCUUUUAUCUGCGCAGAAACUGGUUGUGGCAAACAGUUUACAACAGCAGGGAACCUCAAGAACCACCAAAGGAUUCAUACUGGUGAAAAGCCGUAUAUCUGUGAGACAGAAGGCUGUGCUCGUUGUUUUGCAGAGUAUUCUAGCUUGCGGAAGCACAUGGUGGUUCACUCUGGGGAAAAGCCUCACCAAUGCACCAUCUGUGGCAGAAACUUUUCUCAGAGUGGCAGUAGGAAUGUCCACAUGAGGAAGCACCAUGGCAAGAUGAGCUUAUCUUCACCUGACCAAAGCACAGAGACAGAAGUACUACAUGAAAAUCCUGAUUCAGCCAACACAUUGCCUUCAGCAUCUGUUGUAGUCCUUCCCCAACCACAUGACUUAGUCACGGUGACAGCAGGCAGACAUAGCUAUGAAGAUGAGGUGUCCUCAUUGCUUCAGUAAACCUACAGGUUUGACUUUUCAUGAGAGUAUUGUACGGAAUCGAUUCCCUAGAGAAGAUGGCUGCUCAUGAAGUGAUAAAGUUCAGAAGAGAGGAAGUUCCAGACAAGCAUUCCAACUCCAGAGUUGUUUUUCCUGACUGCAAAUAUUGUUGAAAUAACCUGCCACCAUAUUGUAUAUUUUGACAGUUUUAAAAGCCUUUCCCAGUAUAUAUAUUUUAUCCCUGAAAUUUGCUUUACAGACAAUGGUGAACAUUUAUUUUUUUAUAUAUGUGUAGGUUCCAGACUUUCCUCAUCAUUUGCCAAAUUGUGAUGAAAGUAAAGUGCAGAUUUGCCCUUACUGGGAUGGGGGAACUGUAUCAAGCUGUCAGUUAUAUCAUGUUGUAAUUCUUUUCUCAAUUGCUCAUGAUACAGAUACAGAAUUGUCAGUGGUUAUCAAGUAGAAACAAGUGUUUCAUUUUAACGGUCUCUCUGACAUGAUCCCCAAUCUUUGGAUGUGCCCUUAGGGGAUGUUGUUGUUUAGCUCCCCCUACAGAUUAUUCAUAUAGCUCCUUUGUCAGUCAAGAAGACAGAGUUACAUGGUGGCUUGUAAUUUGUCAUGAAUGCUUAUUCUUAGUUGUUGACUGUGCACUGCAUUGGGGUUAAAUUUAGCAGUGGCAUUUCAGGAUUUAUUGCAGACAGUUUCUGUUACUGCCUUCUAGUUAAAACAGUGACAGUGUCUACAAUACUACCAACCAAGUUACAAAAGGCAAAAUGUUCUCAGUUCUUGGUCAGCAUUGGUAAAACAAACUUGAGUCUGCUGGUUGUAGCAUAUCACUUAUAGCUUCUGAAUUCUUGUCAGCAAUCAGAGGUCAGAAUUCCACAAAUCUGUAUCAGUUUAUUAAACUCCUCUCUCACCAAAAAGUACAUUUAAACAGUACUUUAAUGUAGUUAGUAAAACAAAAAAACAUUCUUCUUAACACAAAGUCACAAAAUCCUUUAUUAUGUUGUAUUCCAUGCAGUAUAUUAGUUUUAAACUCACUUUCUAACAGGAUUAUGUAGUGGAACAGACUUUAAUAGUAAAAUAAAAUAAGGAUUUAAACAGGG